AUUUCAAUUUUUAGGGCUUUCUUGAAUCUUGCUGUUGGGUUCGAUUCCAUCUUGAUCUCUAGAUUUUGAAGACGACCAUAGCUGGAAGAAAUCUCGCUCCAUGAAGUAGGAGACAAACCCAGGUCAGCCUUCUUCACCUCCACCAUCUCUGCAUGUGAAAUUGGAUUCUUUUGGCUGCAUUUAGGGUUAGCUUCAUCUCGCAAACUUUGCUCUGUAAUAAAUUCAGCACCAUAUAUUUCUCAAUUCAGCUCCAGAGAAGCCCCUUCUAGCUUCGUUUCCGAAUUAUCAUAAGGUUUGGUAUCUCGUAGAAGCUGAAAUUCAGGCCAUGGAAGGGAUGGAACCGUGGAAAGAGCAAGUGGAGGUGUGGAGGAAUCAGUUGGAGCAAUGGCUGCAUCAAGCAAUUGAAUAUUCGCAGCAAAUACCCCCAACUCAGCUGUACAUUGCAAUUGCUGUCUUGGUUGUAACUACCCUUUUGGUUAUCUCCAUUCGCUUGUUCAAGCGCACAAAAUCUAACACCAUCGUACUCACUGGCCUUACUGGGAGUGGAAAAACAACUCUUUUUUAUCAACUUCAGGAUGGGUCUUCACAUCUCGGUACUGUCACAUCAAUGGAAACAAACGAAGGCACUUUUGUCCUACAUUCUGAAAGCUCUAAGAAGGGCAAAAUCAAACCUGUUCAUCUAGUUGAUGUUCCUGGCCAUUCUCGUCUCCGACCCAAGUUAGAUGAGUUUUUACCUCAAGCAGCUGGCAUAGUUUUUGUUGUAGAUGCUUUGGAAUUCUUACCAAACUGCCGUUUAGCUUCGGAGUACCUCUAUGAUAUUUUGACCAAUGCAAGUGUGGUUAAAAAGAAAAUUCCAGUUCUCAUCUGCUGUAACAAAACUGACAAAGUGACAGCACAUACCAAGGAGUUCAUCAGAAAACAAAUUGAGAAGGAAAUUGACAAACUGCGGGCAUCAAGAAGUGCAUUGUCUGAUGCUGAUAUUGCAAACGACUUCACUCUAGGUGUACCUGGAGAAGCCUUUGCUUUCUCCCAAUGCAACAACAAAGUUUCCGUUGCUGAAGCUUCUGGUUUGACAGGCGAGGUUGCUCAGGUGGAGCAAUUUAUCAGAGAACAUGUGAAGCCCUAGUCUAGUACACUCUUGCAAUUUUUAAUGUCCAUGUCCAUGUUGAAAACUGCAUUUAGUAGUUCUCUGGUAAAGUUUUAAGGACCAUAAGAAGCUCUGAGAAACCAUUAUAUUUGCUUGAGUCAAUGAGGAGAAAAAAUUGUAGUCACUCAGGCAGAAAAUCGUUUCAGGUUUGUGUUCCUUCUGUGGUCAAUGGGUUAAAAUAUUGGGAAGGUGAGACGGUUAUUGCCUUAUUGAUAACAAUCAAACUCGAAUGAAAAUUAAGACGAUUA